AUGGAACAAGGCAAGAUCGUACCCGAUCCUCCUAAAUAUAACCGAAGUCGACCACUUCCGACCGUCGAGCUUGUAUACAAGAAUCAGCUACCAAACUGCCCUGGAAAAUCUAGCGUGGGCCUCUUGGUUACCUAUCCUCCUCGGGGCGCUACACCCCCUCACCGCCACGCAGGAGCUUCUGUAUCUGCAUUCGUCAUCGAAGGAACGGUACUCAAUAAGAUGAACGACGACUCGACUCGUAUGGUGGAGCAGGGUGGAAGCUGGUUUGAGGCCCCAGGCUGCCACCACAAGGUCAGCGAAAAUUACAGCGCCGCGGAAUCCGCCAAGCUGCUAGCGACGUUGAUUGUGGAUACAGAGAUUGUGGAGAAGGGUGGAGUCGCCGCCUUGGUGGUUUACGACGACGAAUAUAAAGACAUUGGGCUCAGGGCUUAGUCCUUCUAGACGACAGCAAGCCAAACCAGACUAGGUAAUGGCCCAUUGCUAACAAAGUAGAAAAUUAGUUUUAGCGCCGAUUUCUCAGGCGGUUGAAGAGGUGGCAACAUAUUAUAGUCGAAUUUUGCCAACCCAUUGAUAUUGAGAAAUCAUCAUUGAAUC